AAUAAUUAGACGGGAGAAGGUGGAAAUAAGAAGAAGAGACGUGCUCGAAACCGGUUUACCAAACCCAACAAACAACACACAGUGGGAAGUUGAAACAAAAAAAAAACGGAAGGACGAGUAGUAACGCGGGCGCAUGACUCAGUCCGCGUCAGAAUCCGGAGGCGCCGUCGCUACCAAGAAUCUCGCACGUGGGGGACCCUGUUCCUUUCUCUAACCGCCAACCCCCCCAAAUCCCAUCUGAUUCUACUUUCCCCUUAAAAGAAAAAAAAUCAGGUUGUUUUGAAUCUGAAUCAGUGAUUCAUACCACGACGCGACGGCAUGGAUAGCUUAUCAGAUUUUCUCAAGGAAUUCUACAUCCCUACUUACGUCCUCUCGCCGGAAUCGGAGACUCCGGCACCAACCAUCGCUCCGCCUGAGAGUCCCGUCCUCGUCUUCAUCAACUCCAAAAGCGGUGGUCAGCUGGGUGGGGAGCUCCUCCUUACCUACCGCUCUCUUCUCAAUGACAAUCAGUCAAUCUGGUGUGCUCAGGUGUUUGAUCUUGGGGUGGAGACUCCGGAUAAGGUGCUUCGCAGAAUAUAUCUCAACCUCGAGAGGCUAAAGGAUGACGAUCUCGCUUGUCACAUUCGAGACAAGUUAAAAAUAAUUGUUGCAGGAGGUGAUGGAACUGCUGGGUGGCUCCUUGGAGUUGUAUGUGACCUUAAACUAUCACAUCCUCCUCCUAUCGCCACCGUACCUUUGGGUACAGGAAACAACCUUCCCUUUGCAUUUGGAUGGGGAAAGAAAAAUCCGGGAACUGAUAGGGCUUCGGUGGAGUUGUUUUUGGAUAAAGUGCUCAAGGCCAAAGAGAUGAAGAUUGACAAUUGGCACAUACUUAUGAGGAUGAAGGCUCCUAAAGAAGGCCCUUGUGAUCCUCUUGCACCUCUUGAGUUACCACAUUCUCUACAUGCAUUUCACCGUGUCUCUCCAACAGAUGAACUUAAUAGGGAAGGUUGCCACACAUUUCGCGGGGGAUUCUGGAAUUACUUCAGCCUGGGAAUGGAUGCUCAAAUUUCUUAUGCGUUUCAUUCUGAGAGGAAGCUACACCCUGAAAAAUUUAAGAAUCAGCUGGUUAAUCAGAGUACGUAUGUAAAGCUUGGUUGCACGCAAGGAUGGUUCUGUGCCUCUCUUUUCCACCCUGCUUCACGGAACAUAGCUCAGCUUGCAAAGGUUAAGAUUGCAAAUAAAAAUGGCCAAUGGCAUGACCUCCACAUACCCCAUAGCAUCAGGUCCAUUGUAUGCCUGAAUCUGCCCAGCUUUUCUGGAGGACUAAAUCCUUGGGGUACACCAAAUCCCAGGAAACAACGCGAUAGAGACUUGACUCCACCAUUCGUUGAUGAUGGCUUCAUUGAGGUUGUUGGGUUCAGAAAUGCUUGGCAUGGUCUUGUCCUACUCGCUCCAAAUGGGCACGGCACACGGCUUGCCCAGGCAAACCGGGUUCGGUUCGAAUUUCGGAAAGGUGCAGCGGACCAUACAUUCAUGAGGAUGGAUGGGGAGCCGUGGAAACAGCCACUGCCAAUGGAUGAUGAAACUGUGAUGGUAGAGAUUUCACACCUUGGCCAAGUGAACAUGCUUGCAACUCAUGACUGCCGGUCCAGAAGCAUGUACGACCCUUCGACACCCCGCCAUCAGGAAGAGUAUGAUGAUAAUGAAGACGACUCAGUGACUGAAGAAGGCGAGGAAUAUAGAAAGUUUGGUGCUGCUGAUACCUUCAAGAUUCCUGAAGAGGGACAACACAUAAAUAAUUCAAAAGGCAGGGCUUUAAGGAGGAAAUGACGUAAUAAAUCGUUGGACACGUUCCCACUGAAGGCAGCACCACCCUAUCAAUGCAUCUAAACUACAUGCAUCAACAAUUAUGUAAAAAAGCUCAUAAAUUCGAAAGACAGAGUGAUGUUUGUUCUUAGGAAUGAGCAUAUGUAUAUCUCAAGUCAAGAAGUUGAUGUCGUUACUAAGAACAAUAAAACAAAAAAAAUCACAAAUAGAUUGUUUUAGGAUUUUCAUUAAACCAAGAAAGAUAGGCUAUUAUCUCCCAGAGACUUGGAGAUUGAUUCGUUA